UCCGGAAACGCGGGCGAAGAUGGCGGCGGCCAGGUGUUGGAGGCCUGUGCUCCGCUGUCGGGGGCUGUCAUUGCACACGGCUGCCGAGACCGCCGCCACGGCUCCAGAAACGAUCGGCCCAGAUGUCGCGGCGACACUAGUCGCGCGGUUCCCUCCGAUUGUGGCCUCCCUGACUGCCGACAGCAAGGCGGCGCGGCAGCGGCGGGUGGAACGCUGGCAGGCGACGGUGCAUGCGGCCGAGUCAGUGGACGAGAAGCUGCGAAUCCUCACCAAGAUGCAGUUCAUGAAGUACGUGGUUUACCCACAGACCUUCUCCUUGAACGCCGACCGCUGGUACCAGGGCUUCACCAAGACCGUGUUCCUGUCGGGUCUGCCGCCCCCGCCUGCGGAGCCCGGGCCCGCGCCGGCGCCGGACCUAGAGGCCCUGCGCGCCUCCGUGUGUGACUUCCUCCUGCAGGAGCACUUCUACCUGAAGCGCAAGCGCCGCGCACCCCUCUACCAAGAGAACGAGGCCGUCGCAUCGCCCUUCUUGGAUCAGCUGGUGGCCGCCCUCAUAGGCCUGCUUGGUCCACAUAACCCGGCCCUGGCUGCAGCCGUCCUCGAUUGUAAACGCCCAGUUCACUUUUACUGGUUGCGUGGUGAAGAAAUUAUUUCUAAGGGUCAUCGAAAAGGUCGAGUUGAUGCUUUGCGAUACCAAAUAAAUGAUAAACCACACAACCAGAUUCGAAUAUCCAAGCAACUCCCAGAGUUCGUGCCGUUGGAUUAUUCUGUUCCUAUAGAAAUCCCUGUUAUGAAAUGUAAACCAGACAAACUUCCAUUAUUCAAACGGCAAUAUGAAAACACCAUAUUUGUUGGCUCAAAAACAGCAGAUCCAUGCUGUUACGGUCACACCCAGUUUCAUCUAUUACCUGACAAAUUAAAAAGGGAAAGACUUUUGAAAAAAAACUGUGCUGAUCAAAUAGAAGUUGUUUUUAGAGCUAAUGCUAUUGCAAGCCUUUUUGCUUGGACUGGAGCACAAGCUAUGUAUCAAGGAUUCUGGAGUGAAGCAGAUGUUACCCGACCUUUUGUCUCCCAGGGUGUGAUAACGGAUGGAAAAUACUUUUCCUUUUUCUGCUACCAGUUAAAUACAUUGGCACUGACUACACAAGCUGAUCAAAAUAACCCUCGUAAAAAUAUAUGUUGGGGGACACAAAGUAUGCCUCUUUAUGAAACAAUUGAGGACAAUGACGUGAAAGGUUUUAAUGACGAUGUUCUUCUUCAGAUAGUUCACUUUCUGCUAAAUAGACCAAAGGAGGACAAAGCACAGCUGUUGGAAAACUAAGAAAAAAUAGUUUUGAUUCAGGACUUUGGAAUAUUUGAAUUUCACUGAAGGAACAAUAAAAGGGAUUUUAAUGAUGACAGUGUCAGAUAUUAAA